AUGGUACCUUUAUCUGAGUCCAAAUAUAUUUCUUCACCUCAAUCAUCUCAGAAUUUGUCUGAAGAGUUUGCUGAGGCUGCACAACAGCUAAAAAAUGAAGCUCCAAAAAUCCAAUUUGGUAAAAUCGAUGUCACCCAACAUGAUUUGAGAAAAGAAUUUAAUAUCCCAGAGUUUCCUACUGUGAAAUUUUUUGUGGAUGGCAGCAGGGAAGAUUCCAUAGACUGCAAAGGCAAACUAUAGACCUCAGCCUUUAUUACAGGGGUGAAAAGAAGAACAGGACCUAGCACUCUUUUAAUCAACUCUACUGAUCAGGCUGAAGCCACCAUACAUGCUGGCGAUUUGACAGUGAUUGGCUUUUUUAAGGAACUUCACAAUGAUAGUAUGGAAGUUUUCUGUGAGACAGCAAGAGAUGUGUCAGAGAUACCUUUUGGGAUGACAGCCAGCAGGGACAUCUGUGCUAACUACAGCAUCCAAAAGAACACUCUUGUUGUGUUUCAGAAGGGAAAACCUGUGCAUAACGAAGUGCUUGAAGGUGGCAGACAGAAAAAACUGGAUCUAACAAGGCUAAUCAAGUUUUCCUUGGAUAUGGUCACUGAAUAGAACCUUGAGACAUCUGUGGAGAUUUUUGAUGUCCCUGUUGAAAAUCACAUCCUGCUGCUCACCCCAAGGAACUCAGAGACAUUCAGUGUGAUUUAUGAAAACUGCAAAUCUGCAGCAGAGGAAUUCAGAGGAAAGAUAACGUUUGUCUUGGUGGACACGAAUGAAACAAGGAAUGGAUGAGGUUUUGAGUAUUUUCACAUCAGGGAUACUGCUGUGAGAAUCCUAAAUCUGACAAGUGAUGCAAAGUACAAAAUGCCUGCAGAUGAGGUGACUGGGGAGAACCUGAAAGAAUUUUGCCAUAAUUACCUGAAUGGAAAAGCAAAGGUACAUCUCUCUUCAGAGGACUGGGACAAGGUGCCUGUCAAAGUGCUUGUUGGGAAGAAUUUCAACAGGAUUGUCUUCAAUAAUACCAUGACUGUGUUUGUUAUGUUUUAUGUCCCUUGGUCCAACAACUGCAGAAAACUCCUGCCAGUUUGGGAUAAGCUAGGAGAGCAGUAUGAAAGCCAUAAAGGCAUAAUCAUUGCAAAGGUAGAUGUCACAGCAAAUGACAUCCUGCCUGUUGGAUGGGAUUGUUUUCUGUUCUUCAGACUCUUCCCUGCUGGACCAGAUUAG